AUGGAGGCGAUGGAGAAGAAGAUCAAGCUCGAAGAGAGGAGGACCAUGAUCGAAGAGAGGAAGGCCAUGCUCGAGGAAAAGAGGGUGAAGAUCGCCAUCAAUGCGGAGGACGCCAAGAUGUUGACCUUGAAUGUCGACUCUUUGGAUGCUGACGCUAGAAAGAUCAAACAGGGGUUGGCCAGCCCAACCCCUCCCCGACCCGGUUCCAUCGCCAACGACGCGCGGGAGGGAAUUUUCAGCUCCCCCUCCCCGGAUCCGGCCACCCUCCCGCCGCGCCGCGCCCCGGCGCUCCAUCCCCGGUCGCCCCUCCGCCUCCCCACCCCGCCGCGCACCGCCCCGCCGCCUCCCCGCCCCGCCGUGCGCCCUCCUCCCCGCCCCGGCCGCCCUCCCGCCGGCCGCCCCUCCCGCCUCCCCUGCGCCGCCGCGGCCCAGCCGCCCUCCCGCCUCCCCUCCCGCCCUGACCGGCCGCCCAGGAGCCGGCAUCGAGGAGCCGCGCCGCCGCCCUGCCCUCCCGCCGGUCGCCCAGGCCGUCCAAGCCGCGCCGCCGCCCUGCCCUCCCGCCGGCCGCCCUUCCGCCGUCCAAGCCGCGCCCCGGCCGCCCUCCCGCCGGCCGCCUCCGCCGCCUCCUCCGAGAUGGAGAUGAACAAUGAGGAGAUUGUCAUGGACUCGAUGUCCAACUCGUCGGAUUGGUCGACAUCCGACGAUUCCGACAUUGAUGAGUUGUUGCAAGACGACGACGUCGAGAUGAUGAGCCUCCUCAUCAACGUGCAAUCGUUUGAAAACCGCGUGAAGCUGAUGGAUCAGAGGAGAGGGUCGAAGAUGGGGCGAGUCACCAUCUACCGGAACCGCGCUCUCGGACACGAGCAUUUGAUGGAAGACUACUUCGCGGAGUUUUAA